AUGAAUGAGGGGAAUGAGAACGAUGGUGUUGCUGAUAAUGGCAUGAAUGAAGGGAAUGUCAGUGAUGGGGCUAUUGAUAAUGGGACUGAGGAGGGUAAUGUAAAUGUUGGUGUUGCUAAUAAUGGUGUUAAUGUGAAUGUUGGUGUUGCUAAUAAUGGCGUUAAUGAGGGGAUUGAUGGGAAUAUGAAUGUUGGUGCUGUUGAUAAUGGUGUUAAUGACAAUGAGAAUUAUGGAAGUGCUGCUAACGGUAUGAAUGAUCUCAAUGGGAAUGAUGGUGGCUAUGAGGUGAAUAAUGAGAAAAAAGGUACUGAUGGUGAUAAUAGAGAUAGAAAUGAGGAUUAUGUAAACACAACAGCAGAAAAUAAUGAAGUUGGAAAUUGUGGUGAUAAGUUAACAGAUAAAGACAUGCUUGAUCCAGGUAAUUGGGAAACAAUUGAUAAAAAACUUGUUGAUUUUUUAUGA